AUGGCAAUAUCUACGAUCUCUCGGGUGAUAGAAGUUCUUGGACCUUCCUCCUGUCUAGUGUGGUUCCCUCUCUUAGCCCGAAAACUUGCAAGGAUAAGAGCACGUUGGAUGAUGGUGUUUGAUAUUUCAACCAUCCAUUUGUUCUCUAGUCAAAGACUACUUGACUCAAGUCAAGCUCUUAGACAAGAAAAAGUGUCUAAACUUAUUGAUUAUGCUAAGGAAUGUUGUAAUGUAGGAGAAGCAAUUGAUGUUGGUGGAGUAGCAUUUACAACUUCGCUUAAUUUGUUGUCGAACACGUUCUUUUCGUUCGAUUUGGCUAGUUAUAAUUCUAGUGAUUCAGGGGAGUUUAAGGAGCUUGUUUGGAAGAUUAUGGAGGAGAUUGGAAAGCCGAAUUUGGCUGAUUGUUUUCCUAUGUUGAGAUUCUUAAGUGUGCUUAGUGUUAAUUACAAGGUUAUGGUUUAUGGGAAUAGAUUAAAUGAUGUUUUUGAGGAUAUUAUACAAAAAAGGUUGAUAAGUUCUACUGCUGAUAAAAUUGGUGGUGAUGUUUUGGACACCCUUCUUAGACUCAUGAAAGAGAAUGAAUCUGAGUCAAGUCUUGAUGAUAUUAAGCAUCUUCUCUCAUUUUUUUUUUUUGAUAGUUAA